UGUCAACCUGAAACUGAAUAAUGACACGAAUUCGUACCAUUAUUGGUUUGUUAUCGGUGGCAUUAGCUGCAGGAGUCACAGGCGCCUUAACUACGGAUGAUACUGCAGCGAAAACAAGAGUUAUUGGCGGCGAUGAAGUUCCAAUUGGUAUGGCUCCUAGUAUGGUUUCUUUGCAGUCAUUAACUCGCGUACAUUUUUGCGGUGGUACCAUUCUUUCGAAUCGUUGGGUCGUAACGGCAGCACAAUGUACACGUGGGCGUACAGCUUCAACAAUUAAUAUUGUUGCACACAAUAAUCCCGGCACCAGACAUAUUGGAAGCGUCAUAUUACAACAUCCAGGAUUCGAUCCGAUAACUUUAACGAAUGACAUAUCAAUGAUCAAUACAACUGUUGCAAUUCCACUCAACAACAAUAUUCAUCCGGCCAUUCUCAGUCCAUUUGUAUAUCGCGAUGGUUUAGUGGUGCAAAUCAAUGGAUGGGGCAUGGUUUCCAAGGAUGGUGUAGAUUCCGAAUCGUUGCAACGUAUCAGCACCAGAACUAUUACAAACAGAGAUUGUCGUACAAGAACCGCGGGAAGCUAUGAUGUGAUGGAAACGAAGAUCUGCACAUUCGUAGCCGGAGGCAGGGGAAUCUGUUAUGGAGAUGAAGGAGGUGGUCUAUUCUAUCUCGACGAACUAAUUGGCAUUGCAUCAUGGCAUUCAGUAUGUUCGACUGAUGUUCCGAAUGUAUUUGAACUACUUUUACCACAUCGUUUAUGGAUUAACAGCUAUCUUUGAAUUAUAAAUCAAAAUUUAAGUGUGAAAUAAAAUAUUUUGGAACUGGA